AUGGCCCUACCAACCGCAUGGAACGUUUAUGAUAAAUCUACCUUUUUAGACGUCGACAUUGAAGGACGUAGAGUAGCAUACACAGAUCGAGAUGGAAAUAGAAAUCCUGCCACAAUACGGUCAAAUUUUCCGAUUCUUCCGAAAUGCGGAUUAUUUUACUUUGAAGUCACCAUUGUGAAUGAGGGAGACAAUGGAAUUAUUGGAAUUGGACUGUGCACAAAAACAGCUAAUUUAGAUUCGAUGCCUGGAUGGGAAGAUGACUCUUGGGGUUACCAUGGUGAUGACGGAAAAUGUUUUCACUCAUUAGGAGUUGGUAGAGUGUAUGGGCCAUUGUUUACUACUGGUGAUACUAUUGGAUGUUGCUUGAAUUUUCAAUACAAUACGAUAUUUUACACGAAAAAUGGAGUACAUCUUGGAAUCGCGUUUCGAUGGUUGGAGGGCGAUCUGUACCCUUGUGUCGGAAUGAAAUCACAUGGAGGAUUGAUAGAAGUAAAUUUCGGGCAUAAGAAUUUUAAUUAUGAAGCGAUGAACGAUGAAGAUAUCGAUGAUGAAUUAUUAAAGGAAGAAUGGAAUAAAAUUUUAUUUCAAAAUGGUACAUUACCAAAUCGACAGAUAGACAGGUUUGCAGAGCUAUCGGAAUCAUUACCCAUUAAACUAAAUAAUAAGCUUUCAUCUAAAUAUCGAGUAAAAGCUUAUCUUGCUAUUGGAAAGCAUCAUAAAGCGCGAGCAAAUUUAGCGGAAUUUAAAUAUCGGACAAAAGUAUACUUUGUUAUGGGCAACUAUAAGAAGGCGCUUGAAGAGAUAACAAAAAUAUUAGAAAUCGCGCAAAACAACACAUUCGCUCUAAGAUAUCGGGGAGAAAUUUAUCACAUAAUGGGAAAUUUUCGUGAGUCACUUGGAGACCUUAACGGAUUGUUGAAAAUUAAUCCACGUAAUAAAUGGGCUUACGAGUCCCUUGGAGAAGUCCACAGAGAGUUUGUAUAA